AUGGUCAGUCACCGUCGUGGGGAAAUUGAGGAUAACCUCACUGCUGAUCUUUCUGUUGGCUUGGCCAGUGGACAGCUUCCGCGCAUUGAAGAGGAACUUGGUAAUGUGUGUUAUGCUGAAAUUUUUUAUAGAGCUUAUAAGUUGGGUGUCAUUUGGAUAGUCCCGUUCCGUGCGCUGGGAAAGCAGGCGUCUUCUCUUCAGUACAAAAAUUUGUCAGUCAAUAAUCAAUUAUCUUCAGGAGUUCGUAUGGAUGGAACUGGUAAAAUGCGACUGGCAUGGCAUCCAGUUCAACUAUGUAAUUCUUGUGUGGCAUUGUAA